UAUAUAUAUCCCUAUAACCCCUCAAGUAAUCCCCCUAAAUUCUCUUCUCCUGAACAGAAAAAAAGAGAAAAAAUCCAACAUAAAUUCAUCAGCAAAACCUCUUUGAAACCAAAAACUCCAAAAUUAUUAUAUGAAAUUUUAUCCAAGUAUGUACAGUAUCGAUGCUAAUUACGCCGCCGCCGCAGCGCCGUCGUGGACCAGGGAGGAGGACAAAAUCUUCGAGAGAGCUCUGGUGGAAAUUCCCGACGGAGUAAACGACCGGUGGCGGAGAAUCGCUCAUUUUCUUCCGGCAAAGUCGCCGGAGGAGGUGAAGGACCACUACGAUGAUCUGCUGGAUGAUAUUCACCGGAUUGACUCGGGCCUUGUUGAGCUGCCGUGUUAUUCGGAUGACUCGGCUUCGCUCGGGUCGGGUAUGCCGGGUCAGAUCUCUUUCGGGUCACCGUCGUCUGGGAAUCGGAGCCGACACUCUGAAGUUGAUAGAAAGAAAGGCACCCCUUGGACCGAAGAUGAACACAGGUUGUUUUUAGAAGGGCUACACAAAUACGGGAAGGGUGACUGGAGGAGCAUCUCGAGGAAUGUGGUAGUUACACGAACUCCAACGCAGGUGGCUAGUCAUGCUCAAAAGUAUUUUCUCCGACAAAAUUCGGGCAAAAAGGAGAGGAAAAGAUCGAGCAUUCAUGAUAUUACGACUGUGACCGAUACGUUGACAGUGCCUGUAGCUCCGAAUCUCCAUAAUCAAGACGGGUUUCAAGAUUUUGGUUUUCACAUGCCUUAGAUGAAAGACUUUAGGAAAUUUGGAUUAAUUCUGUUUUUGUGUAUAUAUUUUAAAAAUAUAUAGUUUAGCUUCCUGGAUGGAUGUAGUAGCAGGUGAAUUUGUAAAUUCACAUUUAAUUUAGGGAGUUUGGUAGGGUUUUUUUUUUUUUUUUUUCUUCAGUUGCUUAGGUUUUUUUAGGUGUAAAUUCUAUCUUAGUUCUAGUUUGGGUAAAAUAUUGGUUGGUUGGUUGGUGUUAUGAUAUUAUUCUUUUGUUGGAGUUAAUUAUCUGCCUAGCUCAUAUUUUCUUUA